GUCUUUUAAAGCAGGUUUGGGGAAUUCCUGGCAGGCUAACUGGAAUCUUUUCAGGCUACCAAACAUUAGUCGAAAAAGAUUUAAGGCCAGAAACUGAAAAGUUCACAUAUUCUCUCCGGGUCAAAGCACUACAAGCAUAUGCUAAGGCAUCUCCUGGAUAAACCACCAGAGAUGCCUGAGAAUAAAAUUGUGAAUAAAUCCCGACCCUAUUAUCUUGCCUAUCUUCCUUCUCAUGCUACAACACCACUUCUUUUUCAGAAAAUGCCUUCUUUAUGAAAUUGUGGGUAAAUUAAUUCCUGGGCCCACUCAAGGGCUGUUCACGAUCCCACUUCCGAAGUCCGCUACCUAUAAUUCCCGUUUUGCUUUCUUUAUCUGACCUCUCUCAUUGUUAGCCACCCAGCUGGAUAAAAAGAGUCACUGGGAAGAAGACGCAAAGAUGAAAAAAUACAAGGCAAAAAUCAUUUUAUUUUAAAUGUUUUCGGAAAAGUGAUCCACGUCAUUUUCAGAUUCCAUGAACAGAUAAUCUCCAAGGUAUCACUCAAGUUAAAGAGACGGGACUCUUUUUCUCCCCCGCCCUUUUCCACGCAUCAGUGAAAGGGGAGGGAGAAGACGGAGGAGAGAAGAGGCAGGGAGGCGAAAAAGUGACAGAAGCAAGAGAGAAAGGGAGAGAGGGGUGUUGAAGGAAGGAAGCGAGGAAGGCAAGAAGAGAGGGGUGCUAGGCGUGCUGGAGAGCCUCGGACCUCCGCUUGCCCGCAGGCGCAAGGGACCCGCAAGGGCGGCGCAAGACUUCCCCCGCGCGCAGUCACCGCCGCGGCCCCGAAAGCUGGCGACAGGCGCCGCUGUCCUCCCGCCCCGUGGGGUCGCCCCUGCCCUCCCGCACCCCGGGGCUGGGGGCACCACCUUGCCAGCCCCGACUGCUGCAGGGAGCGCCGGGGGAGGAGUUUAGGGGAGAAUGAAUUGGACUGUGAGCCUUUCAUGAACUUCUCAAAAGAACAGGAACAUGAGGAGGCAAGAUGGUGAUGCAAACCCACAUUUCAGUCUACCACAAUACGGUAUCCAUUUUUCCGCGAUAUUAAUCUUUUAAAACAAAGAAAAUGGAUUUCUUAAAUUCAUCAGAUCAAAACUUGACCUCAGAGGAACUGUUAAACAGAAUGCCAUCCAAAAUUCUGGUGUCCCUCACUCUCUCUGGGCUGGCACUGAUGACAACCACUAUCAACUCCCUUGUGAUUGCUGCAAUUAUUGUGACCCGGAAGCUGCACCAUCCAGCCAAUUAUCUAAUUUGCUCCCUUGCAGUCACAGAUUUUCUGGUGGCUGUCCUGGUGAUGCCCUUCAGCAUUGUGUACAUUGUGAGAGAGAGCUGGAUUAUGGGGCAAGUGGUCUGUGACAUCUGGCUGAGUGUUGACAUUACCUGCUGCACGUGCUCCAUCUUGCAUCUCUCAGCUAUAGCUUUGGAUCGGUAUCGAGCAAUCACAGAUGCUGUUGAGUAUGCCAGGAAAAGGACUCCGAAGCAUGCUGGCAUUAUGAUUACAGUAGUUUGGAUUAUAUCUGUUUUCAUCUCUAUGCCUCCUCUAUUCUGGAGGCACCAGGGAACUAGCAGAGAUGAUGAAUGCAUCAUCAAGCACGACCACAUUGUUUCCACCAUUUACUCAACAUUUGGAGCUUUCUACAUCCCACUGGCAUUGAUUUUGAUCCUUUACUACAAAAUAUAUCGAGCAGCAAAGACAUUAUACCACAAGAGACAAGCAAGUAGGAUUUCAAAGGAGGAGGUGAAUGGCCAAGUCCUUUUGGAGAGUGGUGAGAAAAGCACUAAAUCAGUUUCCACACCGUAUGUACCAGAAAAGUCUUUAACUGACCCCUCAACAGACUUCGAUAAAAUUCAUAGCACAGUGAGGAGUCUCAGGUCUGAAUUCAAGCAUGAGAAAUCUUGGAGAAGGCAAAAGAUCUCAGGUACAAGAGAACGGAAAGCAGCCACUACCCUGGGAUUAAUCUUGGGUGCAUUUGUAAUAUGUUGGCUUCCUUUUUUUGUAAAAGAAUUAGUUGUUAAUGUUUGUGAAAAAUGUAAAAUUUCUGAAGAAAUGUCCAAUUUUUUGACAUGGCUUGGAUAUCUCAAUUCACUUAUAAAUCCACUGAUUUACACAAUCUUUAAUGAAGACUUCAAGAAAGCAUUCCAAAAACUUGUGCGAUGUCGAUGCUAGUUUUAAAAAUGUUUAUUAUUGAAGGAUGGGGGUUUUUGAGGGGAGGAGUAACUAGAUGAAUGUUGAAUAAUAAAACACUUAAGCUUUUAGAGGGAAGUACCUGAAUACUGCUAAAAUGACAAGGCUAUAAUUUAUAUUUUAAUAGCAAUGUGAAUAUAAAAUUUAUUGAUCAUUAUUCUAGGGUACUCAAAAUUAGAAAAUAAUUUAUGUAGGUUAUAAACAAUAUUUUGCCUAUGCAAUGUUCCUAAAAAGCUGACUGGAAAAAAUGAUACAUAUAUAUACAAUAUUAAUGACAGUGAUUUUCCAUGUGUAUGUCUCACAAUAAUUAUAGAGGAGUUUUCAAUUAACAACAUACCUCCCUCCAUAAUUUCUAUCUAGUCCUAUUGUUUUAUAAUUAUAUUAUUUUGUAGAAGAAAAUAUAAUUCACCACAAAGCACACAUUUCACCUAUCUCCAUUCUUGUCCCUUCUCCAUCUCACGCUGAGCAAAAGGCAGGGGGAAAGAGGCAACUCUUACUUAGUGUGACUGGAGAAAAUGUAAAAAAGUCAGAGCUUGAAAUUGUCCUUGUGUUUAGGUAGUAAAGAGUAAUCAUAAAGUGGGUUAGGUACAGCAAAAUAAUUUGAUACUGAACUUGUGCAUAUUUAAUAUGUUUGUUUAAAUAAACUUCUAGAAUAAUAUUACCAUAUCCAUAUAUUAUCAGCAUUUGAAAUCAAAGCCUUACCUUAGUAAUAAUAACUCAACAAAGGGGCAUGGGUGACGUUGUUAUAAUUGCUCCUUGUUUACUUAGGAAUCAAAUUUAAGGCACUAAAUAUCAUAGAUUACUCACCACAGUUAUUAUACUCUUAACAUCUUUUUUAAAGUAUAAAAUGUAUUUCAUUUCUGUUAAUGUUAAUAAGCUCAGUUACUAACUAAAUUGUCUGUGGUACUUUGCACUUCAGUAUUUCUGUACCUUUGAUUUAAACAUUAUUUCCCCUUUAUUAGACAGAAGGUAAUGGAAAUUUUUAGAACUUUCCCUUGACUUUAAAAUAUUUCUACUUUUCCAACUGAUAGAAAUGAACAGGCAAAAAGACUCAUAUUGCACUAAUUAAUACAUGUACACACUUAUAUAUGUUUUUAUAAUUAGUCACUCUACUACUUCAGUGAGCCAAAGCAAUUCCAUAAGUUUUUCUCCCAUAUUUACAUAAGGAUUUGAAAACCAUGAGUUUGAGAGAAUUUUAUUUUAUUUGAACCAGCAAGGUCAUAGACUAUCUUUGGGAAGACCUAUCAUCAACCAAGAUCAUUUGAAAAACAAUAUAUACCUUUUUUUAAGUUGUACCUUUAUGUGCAUUGUAAAUAUUCCUUCCUGAUGGUGUGCUUAAAGGCACAUUAUAUCCAUUUUAUGUAUGUGUAUGUGUAUGUGUCUAUAUAUAUAUAUUUAUCUGUGACAAAUUACUCUCAAUCUAACAAACAUUUACAGAGUUCCCAUUUUAUACAAGGCAUUGAGACAUAUACUAGAUAGAAGAUAUAGGAAAUAAUAAAAUACAGUUUUUUUUCCUGAAUAUGUUUACAGUCUAAAAGGAGAAACAAGAAAAAUUAAAACUAUAAUA